GUUAGAUCAUGGGAUUUGUGUUGAGUUAAAAAAAAAAUGGUGACCUUCCCAAAUCUCAACUCUGAUGCUGGAUUGAAGAAGCUGGACGAGUAUCUUCUCACUCGUUAUUACAUUUCUAGUUACAAGGCAACAAAGGAUGAUAUUAUUGUCUACGGGGCUCUUUUAAAGCCUCCAACUUCACAGUAUGUGAAUGCUUGCCGUUGGUAUAACCACAUGGAGAUCCUCUUGAGAAGAGGUAUCUCAUUUAACUCUUCUGAAGGGAGUGGUGUCAUUAUUGAUGGAUCUUCUGCUGUUGAUUCUAAGGAUGGUUUGGUUGUUGAUGAUGAUGAUGAUAAUCAAGAUGUUGACAUUAUCAAGAAAGCUGCUGAAGAGAGGAGAGCAACUUCUUUGGAGACAUCCACAAAGAAGGAAACUUGGAAGUCAACACUAAUGGUUAUCAUACCACCUGAUGAUGAGAUGGACAUGGAGAAGCUAGAGAAAGAUGUAAGAUCUAUUCAAAUGGAAGGAUUGGUUUGGGGACCAUCAAAACUUUUCCCAGUUGGUUAUGGAGUCAAGUUGUUGCGAAUCAUAUUCAUACAUGAAGAGGACCUUUGUGAUGACGACACCCUUGUCGAUACACAUAUAUAUAACUGUGGGCGUGUCCGGAGCGUUGAAACUUGCAACUUGGAGGUUUGUCCGGCUAAAGAUGAUGGUGACUUACUCGAGGAGGAGAUCGAAGAGGAAAAGAAAGCUUCCGGGAAAUCAGGGCUAGUGGUUUUCAGGUAUGGUGGUAAGACUGACAUUCAAAAGGUAGAAGAACGUGUAAGAUCCAAACAGAAGGAAGGAGUGUCUUGGGGAGCAACAAAACUUUUCAACGUUGGCUAUGGAUUUACAUAUUUCCAGACCAUAUUCACCAUUGUUGACGACCGUGUGUCUCUUGACACCAUUCGCCGAAAAGGGUUGCGUUUUAUUCCCUUGAACAGAAUAUGCUUGGAAAAACUCUCAAGUGGAAGGUGUUAGGGUAGUUUAAUUUUCUGUUUACUGCUUUUUUCUUAUGUAAUGUGAAAAUAUAUCUUAUGUUAUCUCUCAUUGAUUUUGAUAUUUUAUCAUCUCGUUGUUUCCCUUGUGAGUUUUGAAUAAAUACGGUUUUACUUC